GGACAGCGUCAGUACACAACAGUGAAUCCAUUGUUAUUUCAGUAAAAGAGGUAUUCUAUGUAUUUAAAUAUUGGUUGCAUUCGUACAUGAAUUUUUUUCUUAAAUUUUCUCCCUUUAGAAUCUAUCUAUCAAUCUAUCUAAUUUUCUAAGGCAUACCCGUGGCUAAUCCUAUGUGUGGCAGCUCUCAUAAGAGUUCACAAGCAGAAGCACCAUUGUGAUUGGGCAGUGGGGAUUCCAUAUGCAGAUAGGGAGGAGGAGCCUGUGAUGGUUAAGGACAGUUGGAAUGCAACUGUUACUUGGCAGAAGAUGUUAUUGAUUGUAGAUGAGAGGAAUCUAUAUCUAUCUAUAUAAAAGGAUAGUGGGCAGGGGUCUGUGAAGAGAGGGGUCAUGAGGGAGGAAAGAACCCCUUCAGGAGAAGGAGGCUGUGUUGAAUUAGAUGAGGAAACAAGAUCUGUUAACUCGGGAAGGGAGAGAGAAAAAGAAGGGAGGAGAAGAGAGAAAGAAAUAAAGGCGAGGGACGGGCCCGAGCCCGUCAUUGGCCUGAGAGGAACAAGUGGCCAUGGCGGCGCCUAUUGUCAGCAAGGAAGGGCCCAGUCAACCACUACUGCUGUUUGGGGCUACCAAGGCCAUUGGUGUAGGCAGGCAGGCAGGCAAGGGAUGGGCCCGGGCCUGUCAGUGGCCUGAGGGGAAGGAGUGGUGGCGGCAGCAAGGAAGGGCCUGGUCAACUGCUGGUCCUGUGGGCAGGAGCCAGCCUAGGGUGGAGAGGUUGCUGGGGAUAGGGGGCUGCAGCUUGGCCAGUAGGCGCCAGCAAUGCUGCAGCUGCGACCAAGAGGAGCAAAGGGGAUGGAGGAAGAGGAGCAGGAAUGCGGCUCAGAUAAAAGCAAAAAAUUAUGACAAAGUAGAAAAGCUGUUUCAGCGGUGCCUUAUGAAAGUUUUACACAUAGACCUGUGGAAGUGCUACCUUUCAUAUGUGCGAGAAACCAAAGGGAAGCUACCCAGUUAUAAAGAAAAAAUGGCUCAGGCAUAUGACUUUGCUCUGGAUAAAAUUGGCAUGGAAAUAAUGUCAUACCAGAUCUGGGUGGAUUACAUCAAUUUUUUGAAAGGCGUUGAAGCAGUAGGAUCCUAUGCAGAGAACCAGAGGAUAACUGCUGUCCGCAGGGUUUAUCAGCGAGGCUGUGUGAACCCAAUGAUCAAUAUUGAACAACUCUGGAGAGAUUAUAACAAGUAUGAAGAGGGAAUCAAUAUCCAUUUAGCUAAGAAAAUGAUUGAAGAUCGCAGUAGAGAUUAUAUGAACGCUAGACGUGUGGCCAAGGAAUAUGAGACAGUGAUGAAAGGUUUAGAUCGCAAUGCUCCUUCUGUCCCACCACAAAAUACUCCUCAGGAGGCACAGCAAGUAGACAUGUGGAAGAAAUAUAUACAGUGGGAAAAGAGCAAUCCUCUGCGUACUGAAGACCAAACCCUCAUAACAAAAAGAGUAAUGUUUGCAUAUGAACAGUGCCUUUUGGUGCUGGGACAUCAUCCAGAUAUCUGGUAUGAAGCUGCACAGUACCUUGAGCAAUCCAGCAAGCUGCUAGCUGAGAAAGGGGACAUGAAUAAUGCUAAACUGUUCAGUGAUGAAGCUGCAAAUAUUUAUGAAAGAGCAAUUAGCACUUUAUUAAAAAAGAACAUGCUUCUUUAUUUUGCAUAUGCAGAUUAUGAAGAGAGUCGGAUGAAAUAUGAAAAAGUGCAUAGUAUAUAUAAUCGACUCUUGGCUACUGAAGAUAUUGAUCCCACCUUGGUAUACAUUCAGUAUAUGAAGUUUGCAAGGCGAGCAGAAGGCAUAAAAUCAGGCAGAAUGAUUUUUAAGAAGGCACGAGAGGAUGCCCGGACCCGCCAUCAUGUCUACGUUACAGCUGCUCUGAUGGAGUAUUAUUGCAGUAAGGACAAGUCAGUGGCCUUUAAAAUAUUUGAGUUGGGGCUAAAGAAAUACGGAGAUAUUCCAGAAUAUGUCCUGGCUUACAUUGAUUACCUUUCUCAUCUGAACGAGGACAAUAAUACAAGAGUCCUGUUUGAGCGUGUAUUAACCUCAGGGAGCCUCCCACCUGAAAAAUCUGGAGAAAUAUGGGCCCGGUUUUUAGCUUUUGAAAGCAAUAUUGGUGAUCUGGCUAGUAUACUUAAGGUGGAGAAACGGAGAUUUACAGCUUUCAAGGAGGAAUACGAGGGCAAAGAAACUGCUCUGUUAGUAGACAGGUACAAGUUCAUGGAUCUGUACCCCUGCUCUGGCAGUGAACUCAAAGCUCUCGGUUACAAGGAUGUGUCUCGUGCAAAGCUAUCAACCAUCAUUCCAGAUCCCGUUGUGGCUCCAUCAAUAGUGCCUGUGCUAAAAGAUGAAGUGGACAGGAAGCCAGAGUAUCCGAAACCAGAUACCCAGCAGAUGAUUCCAUUUCAGCCAAGACAUUUAGCACCUCCAGGUUUGCAUCCAGUCCCUGGUGGUGUCUUUCCAGUUCCACCUGCUGCUGUAGUUUUAAUGAAGCUUCUCCCACCUCCUGUGUGUUUCCAGGGUCCUUUUGUGCAAGUGGAUGAACUUAUGGAGAUUUUCAGGAGAUGCAAAUUGCCAGACACUGUUGAUGAAGCUGUAAGGAUAAUUACCGGAGGCUUGCCAGACCUAUCAAUGGAAGGGAAUGGACCUUUGGAAAAUAACUCCCUUCUUAAUAAAGCUGUCAAGAGACCAAAUGAAGAUUCUGAUGAUGAAGAGGAAAAAGGAUCAGUGGUUCCUCCCAUUCACGACAUUUAUAGGGCACGACAGCAGAAGCGAAUCCGAUGAGACAAGUUGCAAAUGCAACUCGGAACGACAAAGGACUUGUAACAUUUUUUUUCCUUCUACAAAUCAAAUGUUUAAAAGGGAUUGAAGUUUCUAAUGUGCAUCUUGCAACUGAGGUUGUUUUGUUACUGUGGUGCCUCUUUUUUACCAGCUGGUUCUUCAUCAGAAAAGAAAAAAGGCAGAUGAAUGGGCAAAUUUAAGCUCUGGCAAAAAUUAGGUUUUUGAACACAAACCAUGCAAAAUGUCCGACUUGCAUUUGGUUGCUCUUCAAGCGUAUCCCCAUCUACCACUGGAAAUCUUGUGGAAGGGGUCUGACAGUUUUAUUUUAAAAACUGGAUAGCUUAUAAUGGUGAAAUAUUUUUAAAUUCACACUUCUGGAAACAAACCGUUCUCAGUUUCUCAUUUAGUGUCUGUCCUGCCUUAUUCUUUGUUUUUAUUUAUGGCAAAAUGAAUGGAAGAUGUUUUGUAGUUUAAAAUGGAAAAACAUUCCUUUCAAAUAAAAGGAUCUCCAUAA